CUGUCAACCUCAAAGCUUGGUAGAGCUGCGUAGAGCACGGACGCCUGUUUCACCGUCGUUGCGCUGUGAUCGUCAUCGUCGUCGUCGUUAUUAUCGUGUUCAUCGCUGUCACGUCGGUGGAAUCGCAUCAAGAGUACGUUAAUCCGGUGGGCGUGGAUGCGUCUCGAUUUAUGACCAAUUACAUGAUUUAAGUAGAGCAUAGAUAUUUCAACCCAGUUAACAAUAUCAAAAUGGCUUGGCGUUUCAAAGCAUCUAAAUACAAAAAUGCAGCACCCAUCGUUCCCAAACCAGAGUCUUGUAUUCGGGAUAUCUCUGUGGGAUCUUAUCAGACUUAUGGGAAUAAUAUAACAGCAUCUGCAGCAUUCAUGGCAUUUAAUGUGGAUCACAAUGGAUCCAGUUUAGCAGUACUACCACUAGAGGACUGUGGUAGAAAGAGUAAGACUAUGCCUUUGCUACACGCACAUGCAGACACUGUAACUGAUAUGGACUUUUCUCCAUUCCAUGAUGGCUUACUUGCAACUGGUUCCCAGGAUUGUCUUGUAAAACUGUGGCAUAUCCCAGAAAGUGGCUUGGAAGAAUCUUUGUGUAAUCCUGAAUGCACAUUUUCACACCGUCAACGUAGAGUGGAAGCAAUAUGCUGGCAUCCUUCUGCAGAACAUCUUCUGACUACUGCAUCAUUCACAAAUUUAUCACUCUGGGAUGUUCUUUCUCAGCAGGAACUAUUUUCUAACAGUGAUCACACAGAAGUGAUUCAAUCUGUAAGUUGGAAGCAAGAUGGCACCGUUUUAGCAACAUCAUGUAAAGACAAGCAAAUGAGGAUAAUAGAUCCGCGUGCAUCUUCAUGUAUCGUCAACUCGUGCUCGAGCCACCAAAGUAUCAAAGAUUCUAGAACAGUGUGGUUAAAUAAUAGCGACAGAAUACUAACCACAGGAUUUGAUGCAGCGAGACUUCGUCAAGUUUUCAUCAGAGAUUUGAGACACUUGAACGAGCCAGUAAAAACAUUGGAAUUGGAUUGUAGUACUGGCAUUCUGAUGCCACUCUUUGAUCCUGAUACAAAUAUGCUCUUCCUUGCUGGGAAAGGCGACACUACCAUUAUGUACAUGGAGGUCAUGGAUAAAGAUCCUUAUCUGGUAGAAGGAAUUCGUCAUAGCGGCGAGCAAACCAAAGGAGUUUGUUUAGUUCCAAAACGAGCGUUAAAUGUAAUGCAGGCUGAGGUUAACAGAUUAUUACAACUCACUUCCAACAUGGUGAUCCCGAUUAUGUAUCAGGUUCCACGAAAAACGUAUAGAGACUUUCACGCCGAUAUUUAUCCAGAUACAGCUGGUUGUAUUGCUCAAAACGACGCAACAGCAUGGAUGAAAGGUCAUAACGCUUCUGUGCCAAAGAUAUCGCUAGACCCUGUUAAGAGGAACAAAGGCGAGGAACCAAUCACUGUACACAAAGGGAACUUAGCGGUGCUCAAAGAUAAUCAGCAUGACAUUAAAGUGGAACAAACGAACCGACAGCCGAAAUCUUUGGUCAUUACCACACCAAAGGGAUUUUCGAAGGCGCCACACAGCCAUGUGAACGAAAACGACGGCAAUGUCGUCGAGAACGAUACCGAGAAGAUCGAGGAUGUUAAAAAGCCCGAGACGGAAGACGACAAGAUCAAACUGCAGAACGGCGGGCAGACAGUGCCGCCUAAGCCUUUACCGAGAGCAUCAAGAACCAACAGCAUCUCCGAGGACGAGCCGAAACCGGUGGCGCGUCCUCGCACGUCGCCAAAUCCCGGAUCAGUCGUUACGUCAGUGAAUCCUAACGCGAUCGGAGGAUACAAGCCCCGACUUGGCCCUAAGCCGUUCCAGGCGAAGUCCAGCAGCCAAGAAUUCUCGUUCGACAAGAUCUUUUCCGUACCGAUCGCGCCGAACAGCGACACGAACGGUUAUCAGAACGAGGUCAACAACACCGUGGAGAAUAACGUAGAGGCGGACAAAUCACCGACUUACACUAACGAGCGGGUGAAGGACGCGGAAAACGGCAAGAGCGAUUCCAGCUCCAUCGAGGAGGACGCCAAUUCCAGCGACUCCGGUUACAAGCCGAAAACACCGAGCACCGCGGAGAGACGCAAAGUAUUCGAGACGAAAGUGAAGGACGAGUCACCCGAGAACGAGGAUGCCGGAAAUUUCGAGCGCGGUGCCAAUAGAAACUCCAUCGCCGAGAGACGGCGUCUUUACGAGAGCCGCUCGGUAUCCGUCACCGACGGCAAUCUGGCGGAGAAGGCGAUAGGUUCGCCGACCAUGUUGAGACGCAGAGACUCCUUCAAGACGAAGAGCGAGGUGAUUAAGGAGGACGAGGCGAAGAAGACUAGUCCUAUAUUGCGACAACAAAGCAUGGAUCCUAGAUUGGAAAAGGUAGAGCCUGUUGCAACACCAGCUUCUAAAAGGACCUCGACAGUUUUCGGAAGAGUAUCUAAGUUUCGACACUUGAAGGGUACGCCAGGACACAAAUCCACGCAUAUUGAGAACAUACGCAAUAUCAGUCGUCAAAUAUCCGGCGAAUGUGAUGGUUUUCAUGCUAAUCCCGAUCGAGUAGCUGUACCAUUGAGCGGCCCAGGUGGCAAAAUAGCGGUACUGGAACUGAAAAAAACCGGGAGACUACCAGAUGGAGUUAUGCCAGCGUUAGUCCAUGGUACUACUGUAAUGGACUUCCAAUGGGAUCCUUUUAAUAAUCAGCGACUAGCAGUUGCAUGCGAUGACGGGAUGAUUCGGUUGUGGGAGAUACCAGAAUCCGGUCUGGCAGAACCAACGAACGAGCCAAAGCAUCUCAUAGAAGCCCAUACCGACAAAAUUUACCUAAUCAAAUUUCACCCACUGGCAUCUAAUGUUCUCGCGUCCGCUUCGUACGACAUGACUGUUAAGAUUUGGGACUUGUUGCUCUUGUCAACCACUGAGACGAUAAUUGCAAAGUUCACACUGACCGGUCAUACGGAUCAGAUAUUCAGCUUGGCGUGGUCACCGUGCGGUCAGUAUCUUGCUAGCACGUGCAAGGACGGUAAAUUGCGGAUUUAUAAACCUCGCUCCAGCGACGUCCCGGUGAAAGAGGGCAAAGGUCCCGUAGGUACAAGAGGUGCAAGAGUUAUAUGGGCUCUUGAAGGCAAAUACCUUGUUGUGAUAGGUUUCGACAAAGUAUCUGAAAGACAGAUUUACAUAUUCAAGAUGGACGAUUUGAAUAAUCCGUUGAACACUGUGGGAUUAGACGUUUCACCUGCCAUACUAAUGCCAUAUUACGACGAAGAUAGUUCAACGCUCUUUCUAACUGGACGUGGCGAUUCUACAAUAUAUGCAUUUGAAGUAACUGAGGAACCUCCGUAUUGCUGUCCAUUGAGCCAUCACAGGUGCAGCAGUCUGCACCAGGGCUUAUCGUUUCUGCCGAAAAACAAAUGUGACGUUGCCAGUGUGGAAUUCGCCUCUGCUUUGAGGCUAACCAAUAACACGAUAGAACCUUUGAGUUUUACUGUACCGCGUAUAAAGAGUGAAUUAUUCCAAGAUGAUCUCUUCCCUCCGACUAAAGUCACAUGGAAACUGACAUUAUCUUCUACAGAAUGGUUUAAUGGUAGUAAUAAGCAACCGUCUAGAAUAAGUCUUAAACCACCUGGUAUGGACAAUUUGACCGAGAAUCAGUCGCAGAACGUAGUUGCUACCUCCCAAGUCGCAACGAAACCAUCAUCGACCCCUUUCGGUAUUUCUGCGCAACCUUUCAAUAGACUAGGAUGGAAUCCGGACGUUAAAGCGAAACAGGAAGAGAUUCAAAAAACCAUGAGCAACUUUGUGGGAGAUGUCAUUCAAUGUUCACUAGAGCAAGAUCAUAUGGAAGGUGUCGAAGAACAUGAAUGGGACGAGUAAAAAUGGAAGAGAGAAAGAGAGAGACCUGUGGAUAGAAUAUUUAUACGCGAGCUAGUAAGGCAAAAGUCUAUAAAAAUAUGGUUGUUUGAGCCGUAAUUUAUUCAUAAGUUAAAAUUCUAUAUCGAAUGGCAAAAACAUCGCAGUGUUACUGUGUACAGAAUGAGGAGUAAUUUUAGCUGAGAAAAAUAUACUUCCAAUAAUUUUCUUU